GGCACUUACUUUUUACUUACAAUAAUUUUACAUUUUUUCAACUAGUAAAAGUUUCUUAAUUUUCAGGAAGCCGACUAUUCAGUUUCCUAUAAAGUGGUUUCUUAUAUAAAAAGUGGAAAUAAAAAAGUGUAUUCGGACCGUUGGGACCUUCUAGAAGCUACGAGUUUUGGUGAGAGCAUUGGUCUAUUGUUUUUUAUCCAACGUAUUGGGUACUUAAUAACUUUCUUUUUGGAAUCAUGUUGAAAUAGAUCAAAUCUUGCUAAUUACAAAUUCCAGGUAGGCACGACAGGUUGUUUUAACCGAAAGAGAGAAAGAGAAAAAUAGCUGUUAGUUGUGGUAAAGAUUAAACAAAAAAAUGUAUUGAAAUGGCGAUUGGAAAGCAAGGAAAACUUUCAAACGUUUCCUGUGUUCUUCUUAAUGUAACGAAAGAUGCGCGAACAUUAUAACACACUAAGAGAUUUUUUUGAGGAUCAUUCCGUUAUGUUACCGUACAAGAAUCACAAUUUUAUUCGAAGUUAUGAAGAGAGAGAACGAACCACACAAUCUGGGAACGAGCGAAGUUGCGUGGACAUGUCAGCCUUUGCAGAGCUUUCACGAAAGGUGGACUGGUUAGUUGACGAAGUGCGACAUUUAAAACAAACUUUAUUAUCGUAUGAAAGAAGAGAGUUGGAGCGCUUAAAUUACGAACGUUAUGAACAACGUGGAGGAGAGCGGUUGCCUAGAGAAAGACUAGCAACACCACAUGAUCGAGUGGAAACGAGGGAGAUUCCAAGUUAUUACGAUCGGGGUAUAAAUUAUUCAGAGAAUAUGCAGGAACGCGAAAAUAUGCCACAACCACAUUCUAGUGUGACGUAUGGGAGGCACGAUGAAAGAGUGCUACACGAACACGAAAACGAAUCGCGUCUGUCUAGACCAAGAACCUUUCCCUACGAAGUUUUAUCGAGGUCAGAUCAUGACUCACAUUAUUCAAGUGACUCACCUGUUUCAAACUCGUCUCGAUCCGAAAGAGUUCGUUCAAGUUCUGAUAAUGCUAUAGUGAUACACAGGGACUCGAGUACUGGAUCAUUCCAGUCUAUCGCCGAUGACAUUAAUAUCGCGGAAAUUAUACUGCUUUGGCAACGAGGAAUGAACGAUAUUCCACCGAUUAUUAGUUGGCCACCAGAGCAAAAGUUACGACACCGAAAUAAAUUAGAAGAAUGGUUUCGGGUGUAUCACUUAUUUCGCGUGUCAUGUCACGGUGAUAUCGGUCGUUUUAUUUCGCAGUUUACAGACUCGAAAGGAAAAAUGAUGACUUCAUCCCAUGUUGCCGGUUUAUGUCCUGAUGUUGCAGCUAGCUGCGAAAUGUUUUUACAUUCAAGAGAGGUUGAGGAUCAAGCAGAUACUCCACAUGAUCCCAACAGCAACAAAGUUUACAUUCUCCCACGCAAAAUCAACGGACGGAAAGUGUCUGCUAAAGAUGUUAUCCAACUUUGGGAGCAUGGAAUGGGAGACAUACCUCCGAUCAAACUUUGGACCAAGGCGCAAAAAUUCAAACAGCAAAGUAAAAUCUCCCGUUGGAAAAAAAUAGUCGACAUUUUUAAAUAUCAAUGUCAUAGCGACAUGAGCAAAUUUGAAGAAAUAUACACUGACAGUCAUGGCUGUCUACUCCCAGUGGCUGCCAUCACCAGUAAGUUUGAGACAAUAUACGGAGAUGAGCUAAAUAUCACCAGUAAGUUAAUGACUGUAUCAACUCUGCCUGGAACUCCUACACACACAGAAGGACGAAAUCUAAAACGCAGUAUUGAUAGCCAAUCAGAAGAAGAUGAAAUAGCCAAUAAAAUUAGUAAUAAAUUCCAGAUUAAAGAAGUACAUGCGUUACCUGGUCCUCCAUGUUUAAUACGAAAAAGUACUUCGCCUCCUUCUCUGCUGGAGAAAAAGAGUCUCACUGAGAAAGAAAAAACAUCAGAAGCUGACACGAAAGAGUUGACCGUUACACCAAAAGUGGAAGUGGUAGACGAAGAUUAUGUGGCGGCGGAAGUCGAUAAAUCUAGUUUUCAUCCGUUUGGACAGCAACUGUCGUCAAAAAGUAGUGGUUACUCAUUUGAUGGCCAGUCCUCACCGAGUAAUUCGGAAAGUGAGGUAAAUGAAAGUGACAUGAGAAGUAAGAGUGACUCAUUUAACGAAAUUUAUACAAUACCGACUUCUGCAUCCUUAGCUGAUCUCAUCCGGUUUUGGGAUAAAGGCUCCACUGACUUUCCACCAAUUAAAACCUGGAGUCGUGAACAGAAAGAUAACCAAAGAGAAUUCAUAGCAGAUAUUGAGAAAUUGUUUUUUAUUUAUGAUCAGACAUUCAAAUGUGACAUGAACGCGUUUAACGACGCAUGCGUUAAAGAAGACGGACAACCAAUGAGUUUCGCGGAAAUAUUCUCAAAAUUUAAUCAAGCGUUUCAAGAGCAGCAUACUGUCGAGACGUUAAGCGCGACUUCUGCAAGUUCAAUGACUUUCGAUUUCUCGCACCAUAGGACUAUCUCGCAAAGCACAGACGCACUUUACUUACUUCCGCGAAAAAUUAACGGUAGGAAAGUUAGCGCUAAAGAUGUAUUGCAGUUGUGGUAUCACGGCCUGAACAAAAUACCUCCCGUAAAGCAAUGGAGUCCACAGCAAAAAGCUGUCCAACAAAGCAAAAUCUCAAGAUGGAAAAAAAUAGUCGAUCUAUUUGAGCAUGACUUUUCAGGUAAUUGGGAACGCUUUGAGAAACAUUUUUCAAACAAUCUGGGUCAGUUGAUACCUAUAACAGCUAUAAUAGCAAAACAUGAAGAAGAAAAUAGGACGAUGGGUAUGAACGGGCCUAAUUUGUACCAAUAAUAUAAAUUUAUACAUUAUAAUAGUAAUGGUAUUUCCAUUUUGAUGAAACACAAACAUAUUUCUAGAAAAUAUUUUUUGUACAAUUUUCUUUAUUUAUUAAAAUUUUUAUGUGCAAGUUUGCAU